UUCUCCCCUUCCUUUCAUUAAACCAUGUCUUCUCCAAAAAAGAUAGCUGUUCAAUUAAGCAACACGUGCUACCUUUGUGAAAGAAACUACUCUACGCCUGCCUCCUUGCACAAGCAUCUUAAAUCCAUUCAUCAUGCGGUCGUGGCUAGCAGAAAAAAUUUUGAAAGAAGACCCCCAUCAGCCAAGUAUGAAUUCAAGCACUAUAAUGGUGAUCCUGAUAUACCUAUUCAUCAUGCCUGUAGUUCCUGCUUUUAUCAUACUGCCAACAUAAACAGGCUCAAGGAUCAUAUUCUUAAAGAUCAUGGGCCAAUAUAUUUGGAGAGUGAAAGCGAAGAAAAUGAAGACGAAGAAAAUGAAGACGAAGAAAAUGAAGACGAAGAAAAUGAAGACGAAGAAAAUGAAGGUGAAGACAAUAAAGGAGAAGGGGAAAAUGAAGCGCAAGAGGAUCAAAGAGAAACUUCUAAUGGACAAGGCAAGAAUCCACCCGUUAGAAGACGAAGCUUGAGAAGAAGAAAAAGCUCUUCGGCUGAUACCUUGGCUAAUGAUAUACUAAACAUUCUGGUUGACAAGUUGCAUAAAUUGAUGAGAAAUUAGGUAUAAAAUGUUGCUUUUAAAUAAAAUGCUAUUUACACACACAUUAUGUGAAUCGUAUCUGUCCUCUUGUCUCCCAUCCUGAGUCAGUUACUUCAUUGCUAAAACCAACGCCAUCAACA